AUGCAACACGGUAAUAUUAGUGAUCAGCAAUCGAUUAUAUCUUCACGUCUAACAAUGAGUGAAAUACUUGAUGAUAUCUGGAAGGAUGAAGAAUCAUUUAUGCCGAAAUUUGAUCCCAGUGCAUUGUUAAAAUCUCAAGAUUUCGACAAAAAACUUGAUGAAGUAAUUGCAUUGUUACCUUUAUAUUGGUUCAUGGGCAAAAAUUGA